GGAAGAAGAAGAAGAAGAAUGGCACGGGAUGGCGGCAAGCUCAAGUCGACCUCCAUCAACGGCGUCAAGCUGUACAGCGUUGCUUCGGAGCAACCCUCUCUGGCGACGUGGGUCGACCCCAACAAGCGUCGAGCUCUCCGCAAAAACCAAGAGUAUCAGCGGAGAGUGGAGUUGAUCCAGGACCUCCGCUUCGAAACCGCCACCACCAAAAUCAAAGCGACUCCUGACGGCGAGUACGUCAUCGCCUCCGGCAUAUACCCGCCGCAGGUCAAGGUUUAUGAGCUCCGGGAGCUCUCUCUCAAGUUCGAAAGGCACCUCGAUUCCGAGAUUAUCGACUUUCAGGUGUUGUCUGAUGAUUACUCCAAGCUUGCGUUUUUGUGUGCCAAUCGUUCUGUUUACCUUCAUGCCAAAUACGGAAAGCAUUACAGUCUGCGGAUUCCCAGAAUGGGUAGAGACAUGGCGUAUGAUUGUUGGUCCUGUGAUUUGUUGUGUGCUGCCUCUUCUCCUGAACUUUACCGAAUUAAUUUGGAACAGGGGCGGUUUUUAUCUUCCCUCAACACACAGUCGCCGGCACUAAAUGUGGUUUCUCGAAGCAAGCUUCAUGGUCUAGUUGCUUGUGGUGGUGAGGAUGGUGCUGUGGAGUGUUUUGACUUGAGGAUGAAAUCUCCAGUUGGUAGGAUUAAUGCUGUUGGACCUGCUGGUGACAUCGACCAGGAGGUCACAGCAGUGGAAUUUGAUGAAAAAACUGGUUUCUCAAUGGCUGUUGGAAGCAGUGCAGGGAAGGUUCUCGUUUAUGACUUGCGUUCAUCACAUCCAAUACACAUUAAGGAUCACAUGUAUGGCAGCCCGAUAUUGGACAUUAAGUGGCAUCAAACUCUUCAUUCUGAACGGCCAAAAUUAAUUACCACUGACAAUCACGUUGUUAGAAUAUGGGACCCUGACACAGGAGAAGGAAUGACAAGCAUUGAGCCCACAGCUGGAGCAAUAAAUGAUUUAUGUACAUUCCCUAGCAGUGGAUUGAUGCUGUUGGCUCUGGACUGCAGUCAGAUACCUUCGUUUUUCAUACCCGAACUUGGACCAGCUCCAAAUUGGUGUUCUUACCUGCAAAAUCUUACUGAAGAGCUAGAGGAGGACACACAAACAACUAUCUAUGAUAAUUAUAAAUUUUUGACCAAAGAAGAGAUUGAGAGGUUCAGGUUGACUAAUAUGAUUGGAACAAAUCUACUCAGAGCUUACAUGCAUGGGUUUUUUGUUCAUCAUGAUUUGUAUAAAAAGGUAAAAGCUAUGGUAGAGCCUGCUGAUAGAAAUGAACACAUUGAACAGCAGAAAAAAGAGAGGCUAGAAAAAGAAUUUUCUGUACAGCGAAUUACGAAAAGGAUAAAAUUGCCCAAGGUCAAUGAAAAGUUGGCAGUGAUGAUUUUGGAGGAUGAAAAAGCAGACAAUGAUACUAAAAAUAUUGAUGAAAAUGAGACAAACAAGCCAUCAAAGAAAAGGAAGGCACUUGAUAUUAAUAUUUUCGAUGAUGACCGAUUUAAACGAAUUUUUGAAGAUAAGAACUUUGAAAUUGAUGAGUAUUCGCAAGAAUACAAAGCUUUACACCCAGUUUCUUCUAACAAGCGAGUAUCUCUGGAGAAAGAACACUUCAGAAAUGCCAUGGAAGAUCAAAACGAGAAUCAUAGUGAUUCUGAUACAACAUCAGAGGAUGAGCCUGAACAUGGAAACAGCAGAACAAAAGGGAAAAGACGAGCUCCAAGAUUGAUUGAAGCCAAGGAUGAGCGGCAUGCAGAGGCGUUCAGGAGUGGUGUAUCACUUAGACACGAGGAGCUUCUGCCAUUAGGAGAAAGGGUAAAAGCUCUUAGAGAUGAUCGGCGGGUGUCUGCCCUCCCAAGAGGUGUUAAGCUGGGCCCUGGAGGGACCCGUGAGAUUUCUUUCAGAGCUAGAGGCUCCGGAAAAUAUGGAGAGGAUGAUAAUGAAGAAGCAGAGCGUGGAAAGAGAAGGGGAGUUCAGUCUUUGGGACUUAAACAAAAUAGAAACGGAUUUGGAAGCCGAGGCAGAGGAGGGAGGAGAGGUGGCAGAGGGGGGAGGGGAAGAGGCAGAAGAGGUCGAGGGUGAGUUGAUCUCUGUACUUUUGGCGGCUCAAUCGGUGAGCCACCAUGCAAUUUUGCGGGAUAGUAGUCUGUUUUCGUUUAGAUGCUGGUCUCGACUGUGUUGAGAUAUUGUAUUCAAAUUAAGAAAUCGCCGGACAUAAUGUAAUUCAAAACUGUUGUUUUCCUUGGGUAGAUCAGAUUUACCUUAUAAAAUGAAUUUUCAUUUGCUCUAAAAACCAUUGUAUACGUUAGACAUAUAGUAAGCGCAAUUGAAGUA